AGUCGUCAGAGAUACGUACUUGGGGACCAUGCCAUGCUUAAACUAGCCUCCGCAGAGGUUUUCCUAUUUGGCUUAGGUGCCCUUGGAAUUGAAAUAGCUAAAAAUUUGGUUUUGGCUGGUGUGAAAACCUUAACAUUAUGGGACCAGAAGAUUGCAACUGUUGAAGACUUAGGUACCCAAUUUUUCAUCAGGGAAGAAGAUGUAGGUAUGAAAAAAACUAGAUCACAGGCCAGCUUGAAUAGACUGAUCGAGCUGAACGCUUACGUAGAUGUCAAACUCUCAGACAUCGCUCUUGAUAAUGAUGUUAAUGACGUCGACGGUGAUGAUGAUGAUGGUGGCAAAUUUGAAUUCCUGAAUUCAUAUCAGUGUGUGAUUGUAACAGAGCUCUCAUUGGGCAUGCAGUUGAAAAUUAAUAAAUUCUGUAGGAGUAGAGAUCCUCAAAUUAAAUUCAUUGCAGCUGACAUAUACGGCCUGCUGUGUUGGUCCUUUUGUGACUUCGGUGACUCUUUCGACGUGCUAGACCCAGACGGCGAGGAGCCCAAGGAAGCCUUCAUUUCAUCAAUCACUAAAUCUAAUCCGGGCAUUGUGAGUACGAUGGAAUCGUCAAAACAUGGCUUUGAAGAUGGUGAUACGGUUGAGUUUAGAGAGAUGUCAUCGAUGAGUGCUCUAAAUGGCACCAUUUGUCAAAUAAAAGUUAUAUCUCCAAAUAAGUUCUCGAUAAUAGAUACAACUGGGGAUGAAUAUUCAUCAUUUAGUGGUGGUGGCGUGGUCAAGCAGGUUAAAGUUGUCAAAAAUGUGAAAUUUGAAUCUUUAGAGCGUCAGUUGAAACAUCCAACUUAUUUGACGGUUGAUUUAGGAAAAUUUUCGUCACCACUGUCAAUACAUCUCUCUAUGUUGACAUUACAUGAGUAUGCGAAACGGUGCCAGUUACCAUCGUUUAGGUGGCUAGUCUGUGUUGUAUGUGUGAAUACAACUUUUCAGAACUGGGCGGACAUAGACAAGAGCAUACUUCGAUGUUGCUGUCUCACUUCAAACGGGGGAACACUACCACCCUUAGGUGCAUUCCUUGGUGGCAUCGUGGCCCAAGAGGUCCUGAAGGCCCUCUGCAAUAAGUUCACACCUAUCUACCAGUGGUUACACUUUGAUGCUGUUGAAUUAAUGGAUGGUUCAUUAAUAGCUGGAGAACAGCACGACAGUUCAGAUGGACUAUCCUCACCUAGGUAUGGCAGCGUAAUCGCUUGCAUUGGGAAGGAGCUGAUGGAGAAACUGUAUGACAUCAAAUUAUUCCUGGUCGGUUGUGGGGCCAUAGGAUGUGAGCUACUGAAAAAUUUUGCCCUUCUCGGUUUGGGCACUCGCAAUGGUGUGGUGACGAUAACAGAUUAUGAUUUGAUUGAGAAGUCCAAUCUUAACAGGCAGUUUCUCUUCAGAUCUCACCAUAUUCAAAAGCCAAAAAGUUUGACGGCGGCCUCAUCCCUCCAGCAAAUUAAUCCUGACAUGAAGAUAGAAGCACAUCAAAAUAAAGUGGGCUGGGAGACUGAGAGUACGAUAUACACUGAUGAUUUCAUUCAGUCGCAAGAUGUACUGGUCAAUGCGUUGGACAACGUAGAAGCUAGGAAGUAUAUGGACAGUCGAAGUGUGACGAACCAACGACCUCUGCUGGAGUCCGGCACCUCGUCAACGAAAGGUCACGUUCAGGUCAUUGUGCCCUUCCUCACAGAGUCCUACGCUAGUCAGAUCGACCCGCAAGACAGCCUCGACGUGCCCUACUGCACCCUGAGAUCAUUCCCCGCAAACAUGGAGCACUGCAUCGAAUGGGCUAGAGAUAAGUUUGAGAGCAUGUUCACUCAGAAAAUUUCAUCUUACAACACGUUUUGGAGUAAAUAUUCUCUAGCUGAAAUUGAACGGAAAUUAAAGAACGGGGAGCCAAUGGAGCACCUUAAGGGUGCCUGCAAAGUGGCCAUUCGGCAGCCCUCAUCGUGGGGUGAAUGCUUAACAUUGGCUAGGAAUGACUUCGAGAAGUUUUUCAAUCACAAGGCCAAAGAGUUAUUAAUAGCUUUCCCAUUAGAUACAAAAACCAACGAUGGCAAUAAUUUCUGGCAGCUUCCAAAAAGACCUCCGUCACCUUUAAACUUCGAUCCACACGAUGAUUUGCAUUUUUCAUUUGUUUGGUCGUGCGCUCACCUCUAUGCCUCCAUUUCAAAUAUCAAAGAUAUCGGUUCUAAAGAGGAGAGCAUAAGCCAUUUGAAAUCUCUACCCGCCGUGCAGUUUGUGUCAAAAAAUAAACCCAUAGAGACGGAUGAAAAGGUAAAAAAGCCGGACAAACAGCAGCAACACCCGUCUGAGGAACCAAGCGAUGACGACCUCAAUAAAUUUGCUCAGCUUGUUGCCAGUGUCAAGGCAAAAUUUGGAGAUAGGGACCCAGCGCAGUUGAAAGCCGAAUCAUUUGAGAAAGACAACGACGCCAAUCAUCACAUAGAUUUCAUUUCGGCUUUCUCCAACUUGCGUGGGCAGAUGUACGGUAUCGAGCGCAUGGACAGGCUUCAGAUCAAGAAAAUAGCUGGUAGAAUCGUCCCAGCUAUCGCCACUACCACCGCUUCUGUCGCCGCUCUUGUGGCGAUUGAGUUGUUAAAAGUUGUAAAAAAGUGUGGGCUAUCCAACUUUAGAAACACGUUCCUGAAUAUGGCACUACCUGUCAUCGUCAUGUCCGAACCAGGGUCUGCCAAACAAACUCUGCUGAGCAAUGGUAUGCAGUACAGUAUUUGGGAUAGAUGGGAGGUUCAUGGGGACGGCAAGAUGACCUUGGACCAGUUCAUGAAGACUAUCAAGAAAAAGUACAAGAUGGAGCCUGUGCUAGUGGUGCAAGGUAUGAAGCUGAUAUACAGUCUUGAUAUGCUGGUUCUACACAAAAAGAGGCUCAAUCAAUCACUGAUCAGCUUGAUCAAGGUUCAGCCCAACAAAUCUUACGCGGACCUUGUCGUGUCAUUUAAGAGCAACAAACUGGAUGAGAACGGACUUAGGGUGGAUGAAAGUGGUCCGGAGAUUAGAUUCUACAUCAAAAAAUAACAUUUAUUCAACGAUUGUGUAUCUAAUUAAUGUGUGUGUGUGUUGUUCGUACGUAUAGUUUGGUUUGUUUAUCUGUUUAGGAAAAUUUAUUGCGUUAACUGAUAUUGUACUGACAUAUUUAAAAGGAACGGAUGAAUCAAAUAUUUUUAAAACUAAUUUUUAAUGAAUUGUUCUUGAUUGCGAAUGUUUUGUUUUGUAACUUUCAAAGGUUGCAUUUAAGGUCAUCAAUGUUUUUAAAAACUAGUUGAUGUACAAUUACAAAAAAAAAAAACAAAAUAACUUGUCUCAUAAAUUUUUUCAAUAUUUCCUCUGUCAAAUACGAGUGCUAUUGUCAUCCAUAGGACAAAAUACAUUGAACAAGUGAAAUAAUUGAAAAUAACAUGCACAUAUCAAUGUAUCAAGAUGCUUAAUAAUGAAAAAUAUCAAGACAGCUGGGAUGAUAGCUUAUGCAUUAUACAGUAUAACAACACGCUGCCACAUACAGCUUGACUCAGAUGCACUUCAUUUUGCUUAGGAAAUGUUAUUAUUCUUAUUGUUAUCUUAUUGUCGUUAUGAGUUUCUAGUAAAUUUAUUAAGUUUUUAGAUGGUUUAUCUCCACUGAUGAUGACGAAACAGUUUGGUUCGUAUUUGACGUCAUCAACGUAGUCAACAGCUUCAAUGGAGUUGAAACGUUUUGUAAAUUUGUUUAACGUUUCAUCUGUAAAGGUGUUUAAAACACAGAUGUUGCAGGUGCUGUUGGGUGAUUUCUUUCUAUCUGUUUCA